AUGGACGUGCCUGGGUUUGCAUUGGUAACCGGGGCAGGAUCUGGCAUCGGGAGGUCAUGCGCUAUUACUUUCGCAAGCGAGGGUGCUGCUGGGGUUGCUGUACUAGACAUCAGCAUGACAGCGUUAGACACGGUCAAAGCUGAGAUCGAAUUCGAACACAAAGAUUGCCGUGUGCUCGCCUAUCAGCUCGACGUAACGAACGAGGACCAAGUCGGAAAGGCUGUGGAUGAGAUUGCCCGAGUAUUUGGCAGGAUUGAUUACUUGGUCAACUGCGCAGGUACCACUGUGAAGCAUGUUGGAGGAACUGCUCGCGCAGAGACUAAGGACUGGGCACGAGUCUUGGAUCUCAACCUGAACGGCACAUUCUAUAUGAGCAGAGCGGUCCUGAGGGUCAUGCUGAGCCAAGAGCACAUUAUUUCUUCCAGGAACAAAGAUGCCAUUCGACGAGGAUCAAUUGUCAACCUCUCCUCGAUUCUGGGUGUUGUUGGGGCACCUAUGUCCGCUGCAUAUGUGGCGUCGAAGCACGCAGUUAUAGGUUUCACAAAAGCCGCGUCCGAAGAUUAUGCAAAGGACGGUAUCCGCGUCAAUGCGGUCUGUCCUGGUUAUACUGACACACCACUGUCACGAGGGAACGGUGGAGAACCACUCCUCGGCAAGAUUGUGCAGGAAAAGGUGGCGCGUGAGGUCCCGAUAGGAAGGAUUGGACAGCCUCAUGAAAUCGCAGAUUGCGUGGUGUGGUUGUCCGGGGGCCGGAGCUCAAUGGUGACUGGGGCUGUGAUUGUGGCAGACGGCGGCUUUACACAGAAAUAG